GAUGGUGGUGGGUGGGGGCAGCGGAGACAGGGGCGAAUGGGAUGGACGAUGGAACCACAUCAAUACGUUUCUGGAAAGACCAGGACCUUACGCUUACCAUGACUUUGAGCCUAGCACAGAGGUAAUCAUCACAGUGCAUACUCAAAGUUUGUAAAUAAAACAAAGAACAGCACUGAAUGGGUUGGAAAUAGUUUCAUACUAAAAGCCAUGGUUCAUAUCAUACCAGAGCUCAGUUGCACAUCUGAAUACUUUGAGUGUGCUGUGAUAUCCUCCUUUAUUAUUGAUUAACCUAGCCCUAAUAGAACUGUUGCUUAUUUCCUUACAGUUGCUCCAGUUUUUCUUAGACAUCUGCAAAAUACUUGUUAUUGGAGCAGGUGGCCUUGGAUGUGAACUUCUCAAAGAUUUGGUACGAUUUCAUCUCUUGAAUGCACAUGCUACUCUACAACAUAUUUUCCCUUUGCAAUGAGUGGCAAUGUGAGAGAUAGACCUCCACACACUGUUCUGCUAGUAACCGUCAGUUGGCGUAUCAUAUCUUUGGCGGAAAUGUAAGUAGAAUAGCCUAUCUCUUGAGGAAAAAGAUCCCCAGUGUAGUCUUAAUUAAGUAGUUUAAUUAGGACACAUACAACAACAUUGGUUCUGAUAGAUAUUCCCUCUAUCUUUUUCCCUUCUUUUGGGGAUGCAGUGGACCAGGCCUUUUCAGGUUUUCGUCACAUAUACGUUGUUGACAUGGAUACCAUUGACGUUUCCAACCUCAACAGACAGAUCUUCUUUAGGUCAGAUCAUUUGCCUUUUACUUUUUUCUCAUUAUUUUUCAUUAUUGGUGUGUUGUUGAUUUUGUAUAUACAGUGCAUUCGGAAAGUAUUCAGACCACUUAACUUUUUCAGAAUUUUGUUACAUUUACAGCCUUACUCUAAAAUUGAUUAAGUAUAUGUUUUCCUAAUCAAUCUACACACAAUACCCUAUAAUGACAAAGCGAAAACAAGAAAUACCUUAUUUACAUGAGUAUUCAGACCCUUUGCUAUGAGACUCGAAAUUGAGCUCAGGUGCAUCCUGUUUCCAUUGACCAUCCUUGAGAUGUUUCUACAACUUGAUUGGAGUCCACCUGUGGUAAAUUCAAUUGAUUGGACAUCAUUUGGAAAGGCACACACCUGUUUAUAUAAGGUCCCACAGUUGAAAGUGCAUGUCAGAGCAAAAACCAAGCCAUGAGGUCGAAGGAAUUUUCCGUAGAGCUCUGAGACAAGAUUGUGUCGAGGCACAGAUCUGGAGAACGGUACCAUAACAUUUCUGCAGCAUUGAAGGUCCCCAAGAACACAGUGGCCUCCAUCAUUCUUAAAUGGAAGAUGUUUGGAACCACCAAGACUCUUCCUAGAGCUGGCCGCCCGGCGAAGCUGAGCAAUCAGGGGAGAAGGGCCUUGGUCAGGGAGGUGACCAAGAACCCGAAGGACAACCAUCUCUGCAGCACUCUACCAAUCAGGCUUUUAUGGUAGAGUGUCCAGAUGGAAGCCACUCCUCAGUAAAAGGCACAUGACAGCCCACUUGGAGUUUUCCAAAAGGCACCUAAAGGACUCUCAGACCAUGAGAAACAAGAUUGGUAUGUAAACUGGUCUGAUGAAACCAAGAUUGAACUCUUUGGCCUGAAUGCCAAGCGUCACGUCUGGAGGAAACCUGGCACCAUCCCUACGGUGGAGCAUGGUGGUGGCAGCAUCAUGCUGUGGGGAUGUUUUUCAGCGGCAGGGACUGGGAGACUAGUCAAGAUCGAGGGAAAGAUGAACGGAGCAAAGUACAGAGUGAUCCUUUAUGAAAACCUGCUCCAGAGUGCUCAGGACCUUAGACUGGGGCGAAGGUUCACCUUCUAACAGGACAUCGACCCUAAGCACACAGCCAAGACAACGCAGGAGUGGCUUCGGGACAAGUCUCUGAAUGUCCUUGAGUGGCUCAGCCAGAGCCUGGACUUGAACCCGAUUGAACAUCUCUGGAGAGACCUGGAAAUAGCUGUGCAGCGACGCUCCCCAUCCAACCUGACAGAGCUUGAGAGGAUCUGCAGAGAAACUCCCCAAAUACAGGUGUGCCAAGCUUGUAGCGUCAUACCCAAGAAGACUCAAGGCUGUAAUUGCUGCCAAAGGUGCUUCAACAAAGUACUAAGUAAAGGGUCUGAAUACUUAUGUACAGUGAGGGAAAAAAGUAUUUGAUCCCCUGCUGAUUUUGUACGUUUGCCCACUGACAAAUAAAUUAUCAGUCUAUAAUUUUAAUGGUUGGUUGAUUUGAACAGUUAGAGACAGAAUAACAACAAAAACAUCCAGAAAAACACAUGUCAAAAAUGUUAUAAAUUGAUUUGCAUUUUAAUGAGGGAAAUAAGUAUUUGACCCCCUCUCAAUCAGAAAGAUUUCUGUCUCCCAGGUGUCUUUUAUACAGGUAACAAGCUGAGAUUAGAGCACACUCAUAAAGGGAGUGCUCCUAAUCUCAGUUUGUUACCUGUAUAAAAGACACCUGUCCACAGAAGCAAUCAAUCAAUCAGAUUCCAAACUCUCUACCAUGGCCAAGACCAAAGAGCUCUCCAAGGAUGUCAGGGACAAGAUUGUAGACCUACACAAGGCUGGAAUGGGCUACAAGACCAUCGCCAAGCAGCUUGGUGAGAAGGUGACAACAGUUGCUGUGAUUAUUCGCAAAUGGAAGAAACACAAACGAAAUGUCAAUCUCCCUCGGCCUGGGGCUCCAUGCAAGAUCUCACCUCGUGGAAUUGCAAUGAUCAUGAGAAUGGUGAGGAAUCAGCCCAGAACUACACGGGAGGAUCUUGUCAAUGAUCUCAAGGCAGCUGGGACCACAGUCACCAAGAAAACAAUUGGUAACACACUACGCCGUGAAGGACUGAAAUCCUGCAGCGGCCGCAAGGUCCCCAUGCUCAAGAAAGCACAUAUACAUGUUCGUCUGAAGUUUGCCAAUGAACAUCUGAAUGAUUCAGAGGAGAACUGGGUGAAAGUGAUGUGGUCAGAUGAGAACAAAAUGGAGCUCUUUUGCAUCAACUCAACUCGCCGUGUUUGGAGGAGGAGGAAUGCUGCCUAUGACCCCAAGAACACCAUCCCCACCGUCAAACAUGUAGGUGGGAACAUUAUGCUUUGGGGGUGUUUUUCUGCUAAGGGGACAGGACAACUUCACCGCAUCAAAGGGACGAUGGAUGGGGCCAUGUACCGUCAGAUCUUGGGUGAGAACCUCCUUCCCUCAGCCAGGGCAUUGAAAAUGGGUCGUGGAUGGGUAUUCCAUUAUGACAAUGACCCAAAACACACGGCCAAGGCAACAAAGGAGUGGCUCAAGAAGAAGCACAUUAAGGUCCUGGAGUGGCCUAGCCAGUCUCCAGACCUUAAUCCCAUAGGAAAUCUGUGGAGGGAGCUGAAGGUUCGAGUUGCCAAACGUCAGCCUCGAAAGCUUAAUGACUUGGAGAAGAUCUGCAAAGAGGAGUGGGACAAAAUCCCUCCUGAGAUGUGUGCAAACCUGGUGGCCAACUACAAGAAACGUCUGACCUCUGUGAUUGCCAACAAGGGUUUUGCCACCAAGUACUAAGUCAUGUUUUGCAGAGGGUCAAAUACUUAUUUCCCUCAUUAAAAUGCAAAUCAAUUUAUAACAUUUUUGACAUGCGUUUUUCUGGAUUUUUAUGUUGUUAUUCUGUCUCUCACUGUUCAAAUAAACAUACCAUUAAAAUUAUAGACUGAUAAUUUCUUUGUCAGUGGGCAAACGUACAAAAUCAGCAGAGGAUCAAAUACUUUUUUCCCUCACUGUAAAUGUGAUAUUUCAGUUUUUUAUAUUUGCCAACAUUUCAAAAAACCUGUUUUUGCUUUGUCAUUAUGGGGUAUUGUGUUUAGAUUGAUGAGGAAACCCCCCAAUUUAAACCAUUUUAGAAUAAGGCUGUAACGUAACAAAAUGUGGAAAAAGUCAAGGGGUCUGAAUACUCAUCGAAUGCACUAUACUUUUUCUAAUGGAUGGUAUGUGUAUCUCUCAAGGCUGAAGGAUGUGGGACGGCCAAAGGCAGACAUUGCAGCGGAUUUUAUCAAUAGCCGCAUUCCAGGAUGCAAUGUGUUGCCGUAUCCUUUGGAGAUAAGGUAAAAUGGGUGAUUUGGGAGUUGAUUUAUUAUCAAUUAUUAUUAUAGCCCAGGCUAAUAUUUUUUUUUUUUUUAUUGUCACUUAGGUACAGUUAAAUGUGUUGUUUUACAGGGUAUUCGAACCAGCGGCCUUUCGGUUACUGGCCCAACGCUGUAAACGCUAGGCAACAUGCCGCCCUAAUCUACUGAUAUCUGUAAAAAAUUUCACAGCCAUUUCAAGAAAAUCGAAGACUUUGAUGAGCCGUUUUACAGACGUAGGUACUGGGACUCUUCUAUCCUCAUCCUCUUCCAGAUUACUCAUUAUGGGAAACAUCAAAUUAGCUGUAUGUUUUGUUUCAUUUGAAAUAAUUACAUCUUUGUCUACCUCACCCAGAAUUCCACAUAAUAGUUUGUGGACUCAACUCCAUAAUCACCAGGAGGUGGAUGAAUGGCAUGUUGGUAUGUUAUUACAAAAAGUAUUUUAAAUUAAAUAUAGAUCAAGUCAAAAUUAAUCUAGUGCUCACUUGUUCAAGUACCCUUAUGUCCUGCACAGAUUUCCAUGAUCAAUCUAUAAAAAGCCAGUCCAUUAGAUAUACAAAACUGAUUGUUAAACAGAGAUCAGUGUGGUCUGCCUUUUUCACAUUUACCCUGUGUGAUGUUCCUUUCCUCUCUAGCUGUCUCUGAUGGUUUAUAAAGACGGGGUGCUGGACUCCAGCUCCAUCAUCCUGCUGAUUGACAGGAGGACAGAGGGCUUCAAGGGCAACGCUUUGGGUAGUCUUCCCUGGCAUGACUGCCUGCAUCUACUGCACCCUGGAGCUCUACCCAUCACAGGUGUGCUAGCUUUUGUUUUAUGUCCAGAUGUAUCAGGAAGGCUAUUCUUUUUUAUUCCGGGAUCUAAUGUGUUGCUUCCUCUAAAUAUAUUUAUUUUCUCAGAUUAACUUCCCCAUGUGUACGAUAGCCUCCAUGCCCCGGUUACCAGAACAUUGUGUUGAGUAUGUGCUGAGACCUUCAUCGAGCUUUACUGCUGCGGCCCAACCUCCUGAUCCGGGGCCUUCACCUGGUCCCUCUGCCUGCGUCUGGCUUGUCCGGUGGCCACUGCUCGUUGCUGCUUUGUGGCUCCAGCCACCUAAGUAUCCAGUCCCAAGGUCCUCGUUGAGCUCUGCUGCUGCAGCCCUGCGGUCUCCAGUCCUGAGACGCUCGUCGAGCUCUGCCGCGGUGGCUCUGCGGUCUCCAGUCCUGGUGUCUUCAGCUGACACUGUGCCAGGGGUCAAUAUGACUCCUGCUCCUCCCCUGGGGGUCUUACAAGCCCUCACUGUUGAGGUACUCCUGUUGCCUGUUCCUGGGCAGAGGGGGCAGCCGCCAUCAGAUCCACCACCACAUCUAGUUGGUUCCCCUCUUCCAGAACUGCCUCACAGCCUGCACUGGCCCCCACAGCGUCACUCGCCCUGGUCUGGUGAACUCAAGCACCUUUGUGACGGGGCGG